AUGGCAUCAGCAUCGGACAGCCAACAAGAAGCCCCUGAAACAGACGCCCAUAACCACCCACUACCACUACCAGCGCCCCCAAAUGGCGAAGAAGCCCACAAACUGGAUCUGUCGAGCGGCGAAGCAUCGGUGAGGAUGGAUCAUCUCGGACCCUUAGUCGUCAAUCAGGACGGAAGCCUUUCGAGAAUCUCGAAUUGGCAACAGAUGACGGAGCCGGAGAGAAAGAGCACACUCAGACUUCUGGGGAAACGCAAUCAGUUGAGGACUGAAGCGCUGAAGGCUCAAGCUGAGAGUGGAGACGAGAAGAAGGAAUUGUGA